AUGAAGACCGAAGUAGACAAGCUUCAGGCAAUCGGCUUCAUCCGUGAAGUCACCUACCCCAUUUGGCUCGCUAACUCAGUCUUGGUGAAGAAAUUCGGCGGCACCUGGCGAAUGUGCCAAAAUUACACCAAUCUGAAUAAAUCAUGUCCGAAGGAUAGCUUUCCACUACCAAGAAUUUAUCAAUUGGUGGACGCCACGGCUGGCCAUGAGCUCCUCAGCUUCAUGGACGCCUACUCCGGCUACAACCAGAUUUUCAUGCAUCCUACGGAUCGUGAGCAUACGGCAUUCAUUACCGAUAGAGGGCUUUAUUGCUACAACGUCAUGCCGUUCGGCCUAAAGAAUGCUGGAGCUACAUACCAGCGACUGGUCAACAAAAUCUUUGCAGAACUCAUUGGCACUUCAAUGGAAGUCUACGUAGACGAUAUGCUAGUCAAAAGUCAUACCGCCGGCGAUCAUCUCCGAAACCUCUCACUCAUGUUCGGCAAACUAAAAAAUACAACAUGCGCGUGA